UCGUUCACCAGUGGCGGUUAGGCCGUGAAGUGCAGUGGUACAUUUGGUACUCUAUUGGUGGUACACUGCUUUAUUUUUCAAUUUAUAGUUCUUUUAACUUGCUUCAAAAUGUGUGGAGAAAUGGGAAAGGCCGUGCUACGAGCGCUUACUACUGCGUUGUUGUGCGGUCUUGUUUCUGAUGCUGCUUAUUUACAGCGUUAUGACCCCUAUUAUCACGCUCACCAAUUCGAGCAAGCUGUCAUCCGUCAAAAACCUCUUCGGGAGCACGAGAAACCUCAGGAUCUCCGCAACGUGCCUGGCACUCCGGGUAUAGAUUAUCCUAUAUACCAUGAAGUCCCGGAGACGAGCUUCUCAUGUUCCAAAGUCCCAGUGCAUCCGGGGAUGUAUGCUAAUGUUGAGACUGGAUGUCAGGCAUACCACGUCUGCCACGAUGGCCGCGAAGGUCAUCAGGGUGCUUCGUUCCUCUGCACAAAUGGCACCCUCUUUGACCAAGCCAAGUUCGCCUGCGACUGGUGGUAUAACGUGGACUGCUCACAGGCCAUUGCUCAUUACAGGCUUAAUGCUGAUCCCCUGAAGAAUCCCUACGUGCCUAAACCAAAACCACAGGAAGAGGAGCUUCCACAACAUGGCCAUGCUGGCUUAGCGGGUUAUUACAAGAAAAUUAGAAUUUACUAAUUUCAUAUUUCUUAUCAUCUUUCAUAUUUGUGAUACCGAUUUUGAAUUAUUUUUGGUGGGGUCAUAAUUAAAUUUUCUUCUUUGCAUUAACUUAACACAAGCUUAACACAGCAGUUAAUCAAUUGGGUUGAGUAAUUCAAUUUCGUUCCUCUCUUUUCUUUAUGAUGUUUUAUAAUUGUAUUACAUUUUUCUUAAAUGAUCUCUCACAAUUUGAUGUACUUAAUAUUGAAAAGGGUCUUUUCGAAUUAAUUUAAAUCAUUCAGUAAACUUUUAUUGUAAGCUUAUGUUAAGUUGUAAUUGAAAAGUACAUGUGCAAAAGUAAAUACACUAUUUUAGAGUUUACUUGAGUACUUUGCUGGUCUUUCGUUAGCAUCUUAGGUUUGCAAUUCCAAUCUCGCGAGCUCACUGUAUCAUAAUUAUAAUUUAUAUCUCUAUUCUUAGUUCUAAGUAAACCUAAUGUUUAAGAAUCAUCGCAUCGCAUCAUUUUUGUCAUUACAACUUAUGCUUUUAAAUUAUACAUUUCCAUUCAUCCCAUUUUUUAUUUAGACAUUUAAGCUUCUACAUUAAUUUGGUUUUCAUUUUAAUUUAUCAAUGUUUACAUUGUAUCUAUACGUUAUAUCUACUAGAUAAGCUCUCUGUUUUCUUAGUUUUCCUAAAUUAUCAUGGCAAUGUUUAAUUAUAAUUAUAGAUAAUCAGGUCUUAUUGACAAAUAUUACAUGAGGGCUCUGCUCAAAGUGGUUGCUGCAUUCAUUCGUCCAUUCAACCGGUUUAUGAUACGCUGUAAUUCUACAAAGCGUACCUUGUAAGAUAAGGUAGAUUUUAAGAUUGGCAAUAGUUACCUUGUUAAAAAAUUGUACAUUAUGGUUAGAAUAAACGUAGGUUUUAAACUUUUGUUUUAUUGUAGUAAGAAUACUUUGUAGUUGAUUGCUUCAAACACGUACAUAUUCAAAAUAUACAAAUGUCGUC